CGAGAGCAGUAUAUACUAGCAACACAACAGAACAGCCUUCCAAGAACUGAACAUCCUCAGUUUUACCCAGUAGGGAUUUAUGGAUGGCGGAAGAGGUGCUUAUACUUCUUUGUCCUUCUGCUGUUGGUUACCAUGAUUGUUAACUUAGCAAUGACAAUAUGGAUUUUGAAGGUUAUGAAUUUCACAGUGUGAGAAAGAUCCAGUCCAGAGCAGGCAAUAUCAUUAAUUAUUAAUGAUUAAGAGACUUAGUCAAGAUAUCGGAGACCAAGGUUCAAAUUCAUGCAGUCUCCAAUAUAGAUCAUGCCCCAGGAUGGAAUGGGAAAUUUGAGAGUCACUAAAAAAGGAAUACGACUUGAAGGAAUAUCUGAAUUUCUACUUCCACUAUAUGUGAAAGAAAUCCAUUCUCGAAAGGAUAGCCCACUGGUCUUACAAUCUGACAGAAAUGUAACAGUGAAUGCAAGAAAUCACAUGGGACAGUUAACUGGACAACUGACAGUAGGAGCUGAUGCUGUGGAGGCCCAGUGUAAGAGAUUUGAAGUGAGGGCAAGUGAAGGUGGAAAAGUAUUGUUUUCUGCAGACGAAGAUGAGAUUGUCAUUGGAGCUGACAGACUGAAAGUAACAGGCACGGAAGGGGCAGUGUUUGGGCACUCUGUGGAGACACCCCAUAUCAGAGCAGAACCUUCCCAAGACCUCAAACUUGAAUCUCCUACUAGAUCUUUGGUGAUGGAAGCACCCAGGGGAGUGCAAGUCAAUGCAGCUGCAGGAGACUUAAAGGCUACCUGUAGGAAAGAACUGCACUUACAGUCCACAGAAGGGGAGAUAUUUUUAAACGCAGAUACAAUCCGCCUGGGAAAUCUACCAGUGGGUUCCUUUUCCUCCUCCUCUUCCUCCUCCUCCUCCUCCUCCUCACCCAGCUCUUCAUCUCCUCGCCAGACUAUCUAUGAGCUCUGCGUCUGUCCCAAUGGUAAACUUUACCUGUCCCCAGCAGGAGCAGGCUCCACAUGUCAAUCCAGUAGCAACAUCUGCUUGUGGAGCUAGAACGACUCCAAUUUAUCCUCACACCAGAAUAGCCUUUUGUUACUAUCCCUCUGCUUCACAGUUCUGCUCGGUUUCCCUUGUGACAAGUUCGACGCUUCAAACGGCCUGCAGAGCAACUUCUUCCAGUGUAAGCAGGAAUACAGCGCUGCCUUCUCUUGUGGUUUGUGUUGCCACUCAACGUAGAGAUGGGAAUGAGAUAUUCAGAAAUCAAUGUAUUCUUCAUCAGGAAACCUGGAACAUAAUAUCACCUUUUGUCCAAAAGGGAGAAUAACACAGGUGCCUUUGCUACAUGAAGUGAAGCACAUAGUUUUAGAUUUUUGCAGGACCUGGAUAUGAACUGCACAUAUAUAUAUACAGUACAUAAACAAAUUUGCCCAGAAUCUGAUGGUGAGAUGAAUUGGUUCCCCCUGUAUGAUAAAUAACUUUACUGUCUGAAAGCACAAUUUUCCAUUCAUCUUUUUGGAUGUAAACUUUUAUCCCUGAAUUUUAAAAUUUUGAAGCAUUGUGUGAUGCUUGCUUUACUAAACAAUUAAAUUCAGUAAAUGGUUUUUAACACAAAAAGAGACAGAAUCCCUCCCUGAGUUUGGUUUCUUUAAAAGUGUGUUGUUACUCUUUGUCUACUAAGUCUAGGGUUUUGUACACUAGGUAAAUUUUGGAAGUGCUCAGCAAUAUUACCUUGCAGAGUUAAAAAGACAUCUGCUCUUGUUUGUCAGAUCUGAAUGGCCUUACGUAGUAUUUUUGUGGCUACUGCAUGUGAAGCAAUUGCUUUAAGUAGAACAUACAGUUUCUGGAAAAGAAGAACAGGGUAAAGAGGGAAAUACUGUUGAUAUGUUUGUUGAUCAGUGUACUGCUCUUCACAAGGUAUUUAUAAUUGGCAAAUGCAAAAACAAGAUAAAAUCUUCAAAGGUACACCUUGUCCAUUUUCUAGCUAUGUCUAACUGCUGCCGUUUGAACACAGUACAACCGUCAGUACUAAUGUAAUGUGUAAUGCUGAGAAGCAAUGCACUAACAACUGGUAUGCCAUUCACAGUUAUUCUUCUUUUUUGUUUACCACCUGCUGCUAAGGUUUUCAAAGUAGUAGCAAUAUGUAUAAAAACACAUAUUAAUUGACACUCAAUAUUAAAAAGUAUGUUGAUAUUACAUUAACUUUAACAUGUCUGUGUUUAAAUUGUGCAGCCCCAUUUGCACUCAGAUCUCACUACUGACUUCCUUUUAUGACAAGCUUGAUGUAGGAUUUCUUUCUUGUAUCGAUGUUUAUGCUUGUUUGACUUGGUUGGUAAUUCAAAUCUUAUAAAAAUGUUUUGGUAUGCUGCUAGCCAAUUUAUCGCAACAUUGAUUAACAAGAGUAUCUUGAAACUUGCAGAGCCCAGGAAUGUAAAACAGUAUAAAAAUGUUUCCUAUUGUGGAAGAUGGCUUGAUUACAUGAGGUGAAAUUCACUCCUAUGCAGAAGACCAGCACAAGACGUGUCCACGGCUUGACUGGUGCUUGCCUUUCCACUGGCCCUCUUCAGAGGUGUGAAUUUCACCCCAUAGCAAGAAUGCUAUGUUUGCUGUUGCUACCAGUUAAAAGAAGAUUUAAAUUGAUUAUCUCAUCAAAAGAAGGCUGUUAAUAGCUGAUUGGCUAUUUCUUUUAGAAUUUUAUUCUUUUAUUUAGAAAGAAAAUCUAUUAGAAAAUAUUGCAAGUAAAUAUAUUAAAAGCCUGAGCAUUUUUGGUAAAAGGGGCAGAAACAGUUACAAGUAACAAAUAAUAAAUAAUUUGUGAUAAUAAAACAUUAGAAAGUGUAGCCAUACAACAUACCCUUAAAACUGUAGGGAAAUAGAUGUCUCUUUCUUGUGCACACAAGUAAUAGAAUGGUAGUGUGAAAGUCAUGUGGAUAAAUAGUAUAUCAGGAGGAAAAGUAUAUAGAUCUGUAUGAGGAAACAUCCAUAUAUAUCUGUUAUCUGUGCACACCUACAUACACUGGUUACUUAAAAGGUGAAAAAACAGGUUAUAACAACUAAUCUAUUUGGUGAAUUAAAUUUUGGCUUCUUACAAAUUGCACACAAGUAGAUUAAGAUAUUUUUUUCCUCUGGAUGGUUUGCAGAUACUUUGUAAUGAAUUUUCCAUUGAAAAUUUCUUACUUGUUUGCUCUUUACCUUAUGUGAUUACUUACCUGUAAUAUGUAUGAAGAAGGUUUCUGCCCACUGGAUAGAAAGACCCCACCUUUAUAAAUUUUACACAAUUUGGGUGGGAGUGGGCAUGUAGAAGAAAAAAUAUGUUACUAGAUUGAUUUUUAACAGCAAGGAUGGAAAGAUUUACCGCUUUGUAUGAAGAAAACUCAGUGCAGCGAUGCAGAUGGCACAUUGACAUCAACAAAACCAAGCCAGUAAAAGAACAUUGCUCUGCACUGUCAGGGUUUUCUUGCUUGGAGUCUCUUCAGUCUGAAGUAGAAAGUAUUUCAGAGUGUCAGCAACCCAUGAGAUAGCAUCAUGAGUUCUCAUAAUGUCUUAAUAUUCUGGUGAGUUCCAUAAUAUUGGUGUUUUACUUUAAAUCCAUCAAAAACUGUAAGAAGAGGAAAGUCUCAUUUUUUAUUUUUAAGAAUAUUUCUAGCCCACACGAUUUCAGAGAGUAGUGGAAAAGUUAUUUCAAUGCAUUUAGAGAACUAAAAAAAUCAUAACACCAAUAGUCUGUAAGCAGUGUCGUAAUUCCUGAGUGGAAGGAGAAACAGACACAGUGUUUUUGAAUGUUUGGAGCUGGCAAUAUUGAAAACCUCAGUCCUGGAGCUCUUCUGCUUACAGUGUGCCCCCAAAAUAUCAGAAAAAUGGCAUAAUCCCACGAUGUCAUUUCAGAUGGAAGGAAUCUAGAAGAUCUCAGCGCAAAUACCGUAUUAAAACAUGUAGCCAUAGCUGCGUUGUCUCAGUGCUGGUUUUAUAAUUGUGUGCAAAGCCAUAGGAAAUAUUCAGAGUCUUUUUGUCACCUUCCUCAUAGAUUCCUGGCCCUUCUCCAAGUUAUUGUAGUCUUUGUUGGACAUUUAUAAUAUCUAACAUUUGGGUUAUGAUUAAGGCCCAGCUAAUGUUUCUGUAGGUAGUGCGCUUACCUGACUGUAUAUUUUGAUUGUGUAUUUUAGAAAAGAGAUGUCACUUCUUACAGUGUUUAAGGCAAGGGUUUCCCAUUAACAAAUCACUCUGUUGUGACAAUUUUAGGGAAAGAUUGCAGACCUUAAGAUAUUUUUAAGCAUUGAUAUUAGUGCAAUUAAAAAAAAAAAAUCAGUGGCUAAAAUAUUCCUCUAAGUUUUUUUAAUAAUAUAUGAAUACAUGUAUCAAAUAAAGCUUCUUUUUGUACUAGAAUGUUUGUAUGGGAACCACUAAGAUGGUGUUGCAGCUGUUUGACUUCUUCAGGGCUAUCCUUAUGACAACAAUGAAAUAUAUGAAAAGACCUUAUUAGCUACAUGUAUUUAAUAUAUACGAUAGAUUUAUCUUCUGUAAAUAUAUCUGUGUCAUGAUAUUAUAGGAUACUGUCUCUUUCUUGUUUAAAAAAAAAAAAAAAGAAAAAUAAAAGCAUCAGCCAACCUCUCUGAGCACUGUUAGCUGUAUGGUUUUGUAUUGCAGUUCAUUCAUUGGUUAAGUGAUAAGACCAAAGACUGACACUUCUAUUAUAUCUAACACUAUGACACUGCUGCUUCUACUAAUUCUGUUGGAAUGAAGAGAUGACAAGUUGUAAUUACAACAUGAAAUUGUAACAUAGUUUAGAUUUGUGCAGCAUUUUGAGCUGUAGAUUGUUCACUUUUUUCCAGGGUUUAUAUUUUUUGUCAGUGUGGUGCAAUUACGUUACUGUUCAUACAUGUGAUGAACUUUUGGUGUUGCUAAGAAAAAAAAAGACUAUGUAUUCCAAAACGUGCCAAGACAUUGCUUGUUUCAACUGAAGUUAUACUGUUUUGCUUGCAAAACAGUGGCUUGACUGGAUAACUUAAUUCACUUUAAACCAUUUCAGAUGCAGAGGGCUAUUAAGUCUGGGUUGAAAAUACAGCCAUAAAUGUCUAGAAGCAUUUAAUGAAGGAUGUUUAAGAUACUUAGUUGGUAACACCAUGUAUUAUUUUUAUGGGGUUUUUUUAGAUUCUAAAUCAUUGUCUAAAUAAAAUAAAAAACCACAAAACUUAGACUAUAGAAUUGUUAUCGGCUGAUUCACUGUAAUGCAUAUGUAAGUUGGAUCAAAGUUUGAGUGUCAUAUUGUUUCAAUCAGUACUCAGUAAAGGUCUGCUAACCAUUUUUGGUUUGUAACCUUCAUGUUAAUGGUUUUCUUGUGUAUAUAAAUAUAUAUAUAAAAAGAUGGGAACUAUUUUCUUACACAUACUAUGCAAUAUGUUUGUAAAACUGCAAUAUUACCAAAAUUACA